GAAGGCAGGAGCUGCUGGGAGGUGCAAAGGGGUCUUCCGAAUUGCAGUGGCCCUAAGAUCCGAAGAUCCUUGCCUCUGCCUCUUUUAUCUGAUUCUGAAGCUAACGGGAAAAGGGCAAGGAUGGUGGAGGCUUUCUGUGCUACAUGGAAGCUGACGGACAGUCAGAACUUUGAUGAGUACAUGAAGGUUCUAGGUGUGGGCUUUGCCACUAGGCAGGUGGGAAAUGUGACUAAACCAACAGUGAUCAUCAGUCAGGAGGGGGACAAAGUGGUGAUUAGGACUCAAAGCACAUUCAAGAACACAGAGAUUAGUUUCCAUUUGGGAGAAGAGUUUGAUGAAACCACUGCAGAUGACAGAAACUGUAAGUCUGUUGUUAGCCUUGAUGGAGACAAGCUUGUUCAUGUACAGAAAUGGGAUGGCAAAGAAACAAAUUUUGUAAGAGAGAUUAAGGAUGGCAAAAUGGUCAUGACUCUUACUUUUGGUGAUGUGGUUGCUGUUCGCCACUAUGAGAAGGCAUAGAAAACAUCUUGAUCUGGGGCUGGAGAAGCUCUACAAUCUCUGUUUACUCAAGUCUGAAUGCUAUACUGCCAUUACAGCACGAUGAUCGCUAAUUAGAAGGUUAUCCUUGGUGUGGAGGUGGAAAAUGAUGACUUCAAAACUUGUUUUUAAAACUUGUUACUGCAGGCAGUCAAAGCCAUUUUUGAUCUGCAAAUUUAUCACAUUUUAUAAUUCACGUUAAAAUUUUAGGCUACUUUUAAAAAAAAUAAAGGGAAUACAUUCUAUAAUUUCCAUUGGAAUCCAAAUCAAAUUGGAAUAAAACUCUUACACCCAU